CGACCAGAUCAGAUGCAACAAUCAAGCACGUCACGGCCUUCAUCAAGUCACAAGACCAGCUCAGGCAAGACCUCACGGCCACAUACUCGCGGGAACUCCGCUGCCGAAUCAAAGCCAGUGCCACCGCCGCGUAUGAGCAGCCGUCACGCACACACCUUUAGCGAGGAUCGUCUUCGGCCACAGCCCUCAGACGCGACCUUCGAGUCUAACACGACAUGCGGUACUCUGAUAGGGACAGAAGAGCAAAAGCAAGAGCAAGUACUAAGCGCGUGGUCUUCAGCAAACCCUCGUACUUCCACUGUAUCAUUACUGACAAAAUCUCCUCGCAUAGAUAUAGCAGACAGAGACCGCUGGUGGAAAGACACCGAACACGUAAAGCCGCUGCUGCGGACGAGAGCGACGACGAGGACACUUCGAGCAGACUACAGCUCAGACGACGGCGAUUUGGGGUUGGCGACCUUCGCCGUUAGGGCAGGCGGCGUCAGGACAACUCCUACUACGCCCGCGGCGCAGGGGCCGCCAGAGAAGGAUUUCUUGUUCAAUCCGAAGGAGAAUGAAGAGGAUUUCGUGCGGAGAGCGAUGGCGAGGCUCAAAGGGAGUAUGAGGAGACGGCAUAAUGAGCUGCCCUAGCUGGGUGUAAUGAUUGUACGCUUCAUGAUUCCCUUUGUUAGUUACAAUUUUGGCAGCAUGGCAUUCUUUUGGAUGGUCCGCGAGGACAUUCGGUUGGAUCCUCUACUUGGACCAACCUUCUUGGGCUUCCACGCGCCGGCGACGCGCUUCUUAGGCAACCUUUUUGGGACUGCUGGCAUGCAGAUGUAUUCAUAGACUAGGCGAAACAGUGCUGAUGCUCGAACCUUGUAUCAUGUGAAAGUGGAAGCGGCGCACGUGCU